AUGAACGGGGCAGAUACACGGACAUACGCUGAAUCGCAUACGACGGGCCAGCUGCCUACGCCAACCUCAACGCCCGAACCGGACGAUCUGGCACUCCCGGGUGCCCGCCGCAACAAUGAAGCCAGGAGCGAGGAACCGCUGCACAGCAUGACAAAUGGCUCCAGGGUCGAGGCAAACAGCGCAAUUAGUUCGAAUACCACGAGCAGGAGGCCGAGCGUGCACGAAGAAGCUAUCCUCUCAGACACAAGCGAGAAGAUACGGCCUAUCAAGCGGCCUGGAGAUGCUCGGAGAAGGAGCAGCGUGUCAGAGCACGAGAAGAUUCUCAAGCUCAGUCCCCGCCAGAUUCAAGAGCUUACGAGUGAACCUGCGAGCAUCCCAGUGCGAGCAGCGACUCCGAUUCUUGAGGACGAACUAGAAGACGUCACACCGCUGGAAGACGCGGACGGACAGGGCAAGAAUAAGCUCCUGGGCGUGGUACUGGAGCGGCCAGUGGAGCUGAAUGGCGAGACUAGGAAAGAGAAGGGCUUGGGAGGGCGAGAUGCACCACGGGAGAAGGAGGUUGUCCUUAUCAAAACAUCUGCAACUGAAUUGCGAAACGGCCGGCCUGUCCUCAGCUCACGAUCCAUCACUACGCCCUCGCUCACACGGAGGACGUCAUCCAGGUCGCGGUCACGCACACAUAUGCAGACGCAAGAGACAGAGGACCGGAGGCACGGCAGACAUGUUCCUCCGCCAUCGAGUCUGGACCACAGAGAUGGCACAUCAAAAGGCCACGACCGACAUAAAGAGACGCGCGAGAUGCGGGACCAGGUUUCGCCAAUCGCUCUCCCGCUGCCGCCAAUGUCAAUGCCGACUUUUCUCUCGCUAGAACUUUCUGCAAACCGCCCCUCUCCGCUGUACAUAUACCGUCCAGCGACGACAGACUUUCCUUAUGAAUCGUCCGAGAUCAAGUACGAGCGGUUGCUCAACUUCCUGAGGAUACCGCUGAAAAUUGAGGGCAUAUUGGGUUUUGGCGCUCUGGCUUGUCUCGAUGCAUGGAUGCACGUUCUGACGAUCCUCCCCCUCCGCUUCCUGCUUGCUGUCCUCAUCUUGGUCAAAUGGUGGGGCUCCGUCAUUGUCAAAGAAUUCCGUGAUCUCUGGGCUUUUGUCUAUGAUGGCCUUCCUCGCUUUUGGCAGCGCAGGAAGCAGACCGACGUCCCCACGCCUCUACCAACGCCCGCCGACGAGGUGGCUCCGUCAAUGUCGCGUAAAACGUCGUCCUCGACCGUUCCUCCAGUUAGUGCUACGGCUAGGCAGAGUCCGCACGUGUCGACAACCUUCAAGUUUCCAGACAUGAAUGAGCUCAGAGCGCGCCGGCCUCGUAACUCUCGAUUCCGUCAUCGGCGCACCAAGUCUACGCCAUCAACGCUGCAACCAAGUCAUAAAGCAGACAUAUUGAAAGGUCUCCUAGUCAUCGCCAGCUGCUUUGUCUUAAUGCGGUUCGAUGCCAGUCGCAUGUACCAUGGCAUUCGUGGCCAGUCAGCGAUCAAGCUCUAUGUCAUCUACAACGUUCUCGAGGUAUGUGACCGUUUGCUUUCGGCUGUUGGUCAGGAUGUGUUGGAGUGUCUCUUUUCUCGUGAGACUCUGGAUCGCAAUCCCGACGGUAGAAGCAAGGUUCUCCGGCCACUCGGGAUGUUUGCCCUCGCACUUGUAUACACUGUUGCCCAUGCUACAGCGCUGUUCUACCAGGUCAUCACUCUGAACGUGGCUGUCAACUCCUACUCGAACGCACUACUGACACUGCUCAUGUCCAAUCAAUUUGUGGAAAUCAAAGGGACCGUGUUCAAGAAGUUUGAGAAAGAGAACCUUUUCCAGAUCACCUGUGCAGACAUUGUAGAACGCUUCCAGCUCUGGCUCAUGCUUCUCAUUAUUGCAAUGCGCAAUGUCGUUGAAGUUGGCGGCCUCAGUAUCCAGAGCAGCGAUACGUCGUGGACGGCCAUGUUCACUGGAUCCGCGAAUGCGUCCACAACUCCAUUCAAGGCCUCGAGUAUCAUACCCAUGAGCUUUACUAUCUUCCCCAAGUACAUCGCUCAGGUACUCAAUCCGUUCCUACUAGUGUUGGGCAGCGAGAUGUUUGUUGACUGGCUGAAACACGCGUACAUCACCAAGUUCAACCAGUACAAACCGGAGGUGUAUAGCAAGUUCUUUGACGUUCUAGCCAAGGACUACUAUUCAAACGCCUUUGCUGAUGCAGACUUGACACGACGCCUGGGCUUGCCAGUCAUACCACUGUCCUGCCUCUUCAUCCGUGCUGCUAUCCAGACCUACCACAUGUUCAUUGCCAUGCACAUGCCGCCUCCCCUCCACACAACAUCGACAUCACUCUCUUCGGACCCCGCCUCCUCCCCCACCACGACCGCAGCUCUCGCCCAUAUUGACCAUGUCUUCCGCCGCGCUCUGGGUCGUUCUUCCUUUGGCGCUGGUGUUCCCUCCCAACCCUGGUAUCAUCCCCUCUCCUAUACUCUCGAUGAUCUGAUCGCCGGCUCGACCAUGCUCAUCGUCUUCCUCGUUGGCUACUUUAUCUUCCUUGCUUUCAAACUUAUCCUUGGUAUGCUGCUGCUGUCCAUCAGUCGCAAGCGCUAUCACGGUAUGCAGGAGCGAGAGAAGAUGAGCGUUGAGACUGGGGGUAAGAGGAUCGGGGGCUGGGGCGUUGUUGAUGUGGACGAGGAGAAGAGGAAGGUAAUCUACGAUGAUGAUCCCGAAACGCUGAAGCGGUUGAGGGAGAGAGACGAGAAGGGUAGGAAAAAGGAGCAGGAAGAGAGGGAGAAGGGGACAAGCUUUGGUCACGUUAGUCGAUAUGCGAUGGUCGCUAAGAGAAUAUGGUGA